UUUGCUUACAACUCAAAAAGACGGAUGGCUAUGUUAAGUGAACGGAAACAGAGUUUCUCUUUAUCGCACAACAUAACGUGGUUUCUUGUUUGAUGUGUGUUAGUAAAGCAUACCUGGCAUUUCAAACUUGGGCAGAAGUAUUUUCACCCCGAGGACGAAAACUUUUGCACCUGCAUGAUUCCUGAAACCCCGAGGGAUUUCCUGAAGGAGACAACUGGAAGUUGGAGGUGGCACUUGGUGAUGCCAGGAUGUUAGAAGAGACGUCACUCAAAGCCAGUCACCAUGGAAACACCAGAGCAGGCCCUAGAGGAAGUGAUGAAGACAGAGAAGAGAAGCAAACAUGUGUCGAUAUGAACCCCCAAAGUGGUCUCUACCUGCAGUCCUCUGAGACCUGCUUUUCCACGAGAAGCUCUCCACUACAUGAUGAUUUGAAUGAGUUCUCUAAUGACUGUUCAUCCAUUGGAGACUCGAGCCAAGAUGCUUCAUUCUCCCUCGAGAGCUGCGUCAAGCUGGAGAGGAGGUGGAUGCUGUGGUAUGAAUUCAAGAAAGAGCUCUCCUCUUUGGAUGACUGGCUUCGAUCAGCUGAGAAAAUAGCAGCGUCCCCGAACUCCAGCCAUGUGCUGUAUGUUACAGCAAAAGAGGAGCUACAAAAGUAUGAGAACCUGCGUGCCGAGGCCAGGAUACGUUUAAUCCAGCUGGACGGACUGACCCAGAGGAGUCGAACUCUGGUCGGCCUGUUCAGAGGUGCAAUGGGCGCGAGGCUUGUAGAAAUGACAAAGGACUCUGGACAGCGCUGGGAUCAGCUCAGCAACACACUGGAGACUGUGUGCCGCAGGUUGAAGCAUUUCGUCUGCCAGCGGGAGGAUUUUGAGAGGCAGAGGGAAGAGAUGGCAGUGUGGCUCGCUGAUAUGGACCUCAGGCUGACUGAAGUGGAGCACUUCUCAGGCAAAGACACCUGCUCGAAGAUGCACCAGCUUCAGGGCUUUCAGGAAGCAGUUGGAGAGAGUGCGAGUCGACUGAACGAUUUGCUCCAGCAUGGAGAAGAGCUGAUCCAAAGAAGCGAGCCGGCUGAUGCCCAGGCCAUCGAAAACCAGCUACAGGAACUCCUGCUCCACUGUACCCACGUCUUUCAGGGCCUGGGCCGUCUGCAUACGCGCCUGCUCAGCAUGAGACUGGUUUUUGAAGAGGAUUGGGCUCUGUGUACUCCUGACUCUGGCUGUCCAUCUGAGAGUAUGCUGGAGGAUGAUUGUUUUAUAGACCGCAGCAUGGCGCCUCAGUCUCAGGCCUGUCAAGAUCACCUGGUUCUGGAGUGGGACCCUUCGGUGGACAUUGGUGGUUCAAUGUCCCAUGAUGACACAGACUCAUCCUCCUUCAGUGCAGCUGCAGGUGUGCCUUGCACAGAUGAACCAGCCAAAUAUUCGCGGAGGAGGAGAGUCUACAUGAGUCCUGUGGACUCGCAGCCAGACAAUGCUGCUGUCAGCGUCAAGCAGCCAGGCAUUAAGAAGAGCUUAGAGUGUGCGGCCCCACCCCAGACGCCAGUGCCAGACAUCAGAGCUGGCAAGCCUCAGUACGCUGGGCCAUUUAAGACUUCCACACCUGAAACUAGGUCUCCUGAGCCUGUGACCUUUGACCCAGAGCGCAUCAGUGCUUGGCUGGGCCAGACGCAUCAACUUUGUUCUAAAGCCGUCCAGACGGAGCCUGACCUACAGCCGCGCUCCAGUUUUUCAUCUCUGCCAUCCGGAAAGGAGAAGGAGGAGGAGGGAGAUGAGUAUCAAGAGGACGUGCUCCCCCAGAGACGCCCCCACCCACAGCGAGCUCCGCACAUGUGCUCCACCCCCUGCCCGCCCCUGUCAUGUGACCUCCAGCAUCACUCUUACCAACGUCACGAAGACCCACAGAGGCAGCAGGAGAGACUUUGUUUCCCCGACUCUUUGGAGGACAACACCCGUGCAGAGUCGAGUCGUGACCUGUGUGGACCGAAGUCUUCCGCUGGCAGCUUAUACCACAUUGGCACCUGGCUUUUGAGGCCCCUAAGGUUUUUUAAUGUGCGAAAGGCCUUUGCACCACUCCUGGUCCUUUUUUUAGGCCUCCUGCUUGCUGUGGUGAUCUGGCCCCUCAUCUCGCUCCAUGAUACCACCUCAUGCCAUCGGACCAAUACCAUGACCCGUUCAUUUCACUUGGCCCUACAUUACAAAGGACCCCCUCCCACCUGAGAGAACAGUACCAGCAAAAAAGGGAUAGUUUUCAGGGUUUCUCAUGGAAGUUUCUUUCAACAUUUCUAUGAAAGCAUGUGUCACCUGAAAACGGAGUUUUGCUAUAUCCGUUUGGCACACAGCCUAUGUUGUGUUGGGUGUCCUCAUGUGCCGUCCACAAGAUUCAAAUAUGGUUGGACGAGGCCAUCAAAGCCAAUGAGUGUAAACUAAUAUAACAAGUGCACUUAAUUCUGCUCUGACACAAAUUUUCUCACAAUGUCAGAGUGAAUCGUAUACAACUGAAAUUAUUUGACAGCUCUGGAAGCAUCUUUAUUUAAAACUUCCUUGUCAAACAUGUUUACUUGAAUUUUUGACAGAUUAUGCAUUUUUGGCCAACUGAUUAUUUAUAGAUUUGUUAGAGGCAAAUUUAAAGAGAAAAAAAGUAAAAAGCAGGUGUUUAUGAAUGGAAGAUGUGUAUGUGAGUGCUUGUUUUAAAGGGAUUAUUCACUCAAAAAUGAAAAUUCUGUCAUUAAUUACUCACUCUCAUGUCGUUCCAAACCCGUUCAUCUUCAGAACACAAAUUGAGAGAUUUUUGAUGAAAUCCGAAAGCUUUUUGACCCUGCAUAGACAGCAAUGCAACUACCACAUUCAAGGCCCAGAAAGAUAGUGAGGCCUUUUUUAAAAAAGUCCAUGUGACAGUGGUUCAACCUUAAUUUUACGAAGUUACAAGAAUACUUUUACUCAACUUCUUCUCUUCCAUGUCAGUCUUGGACACAAUGUUCUUACUGCCUUUCUGGGCCUUGAACGUAUCAGUUGUGUUGCUGUCUAUGCAGGGUCAAAAAGCUCAUCAAAAAUAUCUUAAUAUGUGUUACGGAGGUAAACGAAGGCCUUACAGGUUUUGGAGUGACAUGAGGGUGUGUAAUUAAUGAUAGAAUUUUCAUUUUGGGGUGUACUGUCCCUUUAAGAUUCUUUUUGCUUGUUUGUUUGUUAAAAAAAAUAUAGUUAAACAAUUUUGUACAGAGAGAGAAUAUAACUGAACAUUUCAUACUGUCAGAAUAUGCAAUAUUUUAUGAAGAACUGUAUUGUAUACUGUAAUCACUAGAUAGAUUGCAUCAAUCCAAUGAAGUCACACACGAAAGCUUUAAAGCAAGUCGUUGUGCUCAUCAAGCAUCGGUUUUGCACUGUUAUCCACUUUUUAUGACUUGUAAAAUAAAAGAGAUGAGUGA